AUGGACCCCCGUCUGCCCGCCCGGGCCUUGGUGCUGAUGCUCACGACCCUGGUGCUCGCGCUGGGACCCGCGCGCGCCCUGGAUGCGCGCGAGAAGCUGUGCGGCCACCACUUCGUGCGCGAGCUGGUGCGCGUGUGCGGGGGCCCGCGCUGGUCCCCCGAGGCUGGGAAGCCGGCGGCAGGCGGGGACCGUGAGCUGCUGCAGUGGCUGGCAGGAAGACAUCUCCUUCAUGGGCUGGUGGUUGACGGGGACCCUGCACUAGUGCCUGGCUCAGGGGCCCUGUUCCCUGUUUCUCACCGCCGCCGGCGCCGGGAAGUGGCCUCCAACCCCGCUCGCCGCUGCUGCCGUAGUGGCUGCACCCACCACGACCUGAUGGCUCUCUGUCCCCACUGA